AGCUGCUCGACCGGGUCUUUGGCCUCGUGUCCCUGGGUGACGCUUGGAGCAUCGCUGGCGCCUCGGGCUUCAUGCGCCAUGGGCGCCGGGGGCUCCGCGGCCUGGCUGCCGGGCCUGGCGGAGCUGCUGGCGGCGGCGCCCGCGGACCUGGCGCCGCAGCUGCGGCCGCUGCUGCGGCUGCGGACGGAGCAGCUGCAGGCGGCCUUCGAAGCCUUCCGUGAGCAGGAGCGGCUGUCGCUAUCGGACGUGGCCGAGCAGCUGCAGCUGGACCAGAAAGCUGCGCGAGUGUUGCUAGCGGGCCAGAGCCACGUGCAGAGCUUCGACCUCAUGAUGCUGCUGGUGAUAGUAAGCCGCACCCAUCUUUGCACCAAGGUUCGCCUGAUCUGCUUCAUGUGGCGCCUGGACUUCGGGGCCUUCCGCCAGAUCGUGUCUUCCUUCCUCUGGGCCGUGGGGCGCCUCAGCGGCACGCGCCGGAGCGAGGCCUUGUCGGAGCCGCUGGUGGAGUCUUUGGCCUUCUGCCUCUUCCGGCCCCACGACCCGGAGAUGCCCCAGGAGGCCUUCCUGAAGCUGGCCAGCUGCCACGCGGGCGGCUUCCUGCGCCGCUUCUCCCGGGGCCCGGACGAGGUCUGCGUGCUGGGCCUCUGGCCGCGCAGGCCGCGCGAGGCGCCGGCGGCGAAGAAGCCGCCGGGCUUCCGGAAGGGCUACUUCCUGGCGGUGCCCUCAGCGAAAGAGGUGGCGCUGAGUGUAGAGCUGGAGCAGAUCAAGCUGGAGCGCAGCAAGCCCUUGGACAAGCUGGCGGUGAACACCCUAGACCUGGAGAUCCGGGAGCAGGCCAUCCAGGCGGAGCUGGCGGUGGAGGCCAAGGACGUCUUCGCGCGCCGGGAGUACCGGCGCCGGCUGCAGAAGGUGUGGCACAGGAGUCGGCCCAACUCCGCCCACUGCCGAAGGCAGCGGGUCUUGCAGGGCCGCCUUUGGACGGCCAGCAGCAGCCAUCUGGCACGGGGCGGCGUGCUGCCCUGCAACAUCACUCGGCCCAUCACGCCCGUGGAGGUGCAGGCUGCGGUGAACUCGGUGGUAUCCAGCACCUCCCAGCCCUCUCGCACCAUCAAUCAGCGGGUGCUCCAGGAGUUCGAAACCACCUUGGCCGAGCGGCCGCGGCACUCCACCGAGGAGCUGGCGGGCUCCGAGAACUCGGGGUGCAAGGAUGAGGAGAGAUGCCUCUUCAAGCACGCGGAGGUGCUGGCUGCCUUCGACCUCUACCGGAGCGACUAUUGGCUCAAGGAGGGCGGAGGCAUACGCUCGCUCCUGAAGGCCGGCUUGCCCACGCAGCAGCCCAAGCACAUGUCGAGCGCCGACAUUGCACACCGACGCAAGGUGGAGAUCGAGCUGAUGCUGCGGGAGGUGGCAGAGGAGAAGCCGUCCUCCCAAACCCCCAGCGCUUCGCAGGAGUUGACCUUGCGGGGAUUUCUCAAAGCCGUUUUCCCCUUGGCCAAAGUCUCGGACAUCAAGAUCAUGCUGCAGUGGAUCAAGCGCCCCCCGUCCGAGAGCAAUGCGAACCGCUCGGCGCACGCGGGCAAGGCGGACCUGGGCUUGCUGCGUGAGCUGAUCGACUUGUUCGACGCCAUCGACGGGGAGCACACGGGUUUGGUGCCCAUCGAGGCCGUGGAGCGGUUUCUCUCGGGGGAGAUCGUGACGCAGGGCGAGUCCGCGCGCCUCAAGAGGCGCCAGGAGAACCGUACAGGCCAGCGCUCGGUCACGAACUUCGCCACCUACCCCAACAACCCCCGCGCCGCCCUGAUCUUGAACAAGACCUUGGAGGAUCAGCCGGAGUGGCAGGUGGCAGUGCCGGAUUUCAAGGGCAAGCGCCACGCCAACAGAUCUCUGGAGCACCGCAUGGAGGCCUUGGCCCACGCCUUGGACACCGAGCUCCACGCCUUGGCUCACGGGGACGCGGUGCUGCUCAGCGAGACCAUCGAGGCUGCCAGCAACCCCUGGCACCACGGCGAGUACGUACAGGAGGAAGGCUCGGGGAGGGUGCGGCUGGUGCGGCUCUACUGGCGCUACAUGGUGGGCAGUGCGUUGGUGCAGCAGCUGCGGGGGGACCCCCCCAGGCUGGAGCUCAAGGACAACCAGUUAGAUCUGCUGGGAUUCAUGUGCGUUCUGGCGCAGGACCAGGUGAAUACCAUCUUCCCCCUGAGCCGGCCGCUUCCUUCAGCCAGUCAGAUACGGCGACUAGCCUACGCCUUCGACUGACUGAGAAAUUCGGUGCACGAGUCGCAGGAACCUGCAUGAUUGCACCUCCAGUUGCAGCCUUCGCAAACCCCAGA